AUGAAGAAUGUAACUCUGAAAGCACGAAGUAUCGACGAAAUCUGGAGCGGUUACAAAGACUAUAGGGAUAGUUGUGAAUUUAUAAAGGUGGGCAUUCAGGAACUUGACAACGCGUUGAAUGGCGGACUUCCUUUGGGAAAAAUCCUUGAGAUUUAUGGACCUUCCGGGUCAGGGAAGACACAAUUCGCGUUAUCCGUUGUUUCAGAGAUUCUGAUCAAGAAUGGGAUACACUCAAACGAAGUAUUCUCCCUUUACCUAUACACGAAUGGAACAUUCCCAAUACAAAGAUUAUGUGAGAUUUUAGGUUAG